AUGGAGAAAGGCGGCGGGGCGAGGGAGGAGGAAGCAGCUGCACUCGGCUGCGCUGCGGGCCGCCUCUCGGCAUCUCUCACGCCGCUGCGGCGGACAGCAAGCGGCUCGGCAUCUCGGCCUCGUAGCCCGAGCCGCCUGAGGAGGAGGGCGAGGCUGACUCUCCGGGGAUUAACUGCUGUUUGCCUGAUAUGCCAAGAGACUGUGGCGGUUUUUAAAGAAUAUAAUAUCAGCCGUCACUUUGCCACAAAACAUGCCAACUAUGCUAGUGACCAGUCAACGAAAGAACGGGAAGCUAAUGCUCAGAGGUUGGCAGCUAAUUUACAGGCUCAACAAAAUUUUUUGCACCACCAGACUGCCAUUCAUGACUCAAGUACCAAGGCGAGUUUUAUGCUGUCAUUCAAAUUAGCAAAGGCCAGCAAGCCUCUGUCUGAAGGCGAGUUUUUAAAAGAAUGUAUGGUGGAGACAGCAGGUGUAUUGUGUCCGGAGAGCAAAGACAAAUUUGAAAAAAUCAGUUUAUCAUGCAGGACAGUGACUCGCUGUGUGGAACUGAUAGAUGAAGAUAUAACCAGCGACUUAAAUAAAAAGGCAGAGUCGUUCACGUUAUAUUCAUUAGCACUGGAUGAAAGCAACGAUGUAAAAGACACUGCUCAGCUCCUCAUUUUUAUCCGAGGAAUUAACAAUACUUUUGAAAUAACGGAGGAGUUUUUGACAAUGGAGUCUCUGAAAGGAAAAACACGGGGAGAGGACUUGUAUGACCGGGUGUCUGCUGUCAUCGAAAAUAUGAAGCUCCCUUGGAGUAAACUUAUCAAUGUCACCACAGAUGGAUCUCCUAAUUUGACGGGGAAAAAUGUUGGCCUGCUGAGGAGAAUACAGAAUAAAAUGAAAGAUGAAAAUCCUGACCAGGAUGUUAUUUUCCUUCACUGCAUCAUCCACCAGGAAUCUCUAUGUAAAUCGGUAUUACAGCUGAAUCAUGUUGUGAAUCCUGUCAUAAAACUUGUCAACUUUAUACGUGCAAGGGGACUUCAGCACCGUCAGUUCAUCAUGUUCCUGGAGGAAACUGAUGCGGAUCACCAGGACCUACUUUACCACUCCCGUGUCCGCUGGUUAAGUUUGGGCAAAGUGUUUCAACGAGUAUGGGAGCUCAAAGAGGAGAUCGGUGCAUUUUUGGAGUUACUGAGGAAGGCCGGCGAAUUUCCUGAGCUGAGCAACAAGAGCUGGCUUUGUGACUUUGCAUUUGCUGUGGAUAUAUUUUCACACAUGAAUGAACUGAACGUGAAGCUACAGGGGAAGGAUCAGUUUGUGCAUGACAUGUACACAAAUGUGAAAGCCUUUAAAUCUAAGCUGGCUUUUUUCUCCAGGCAAAUUUCGAAUAAGUUAUUCACUCAUUUUCCCACACUAGCCACGCUGGAAGAGGCCGGUGCAAAUUUGGUCUGCUGUGACUUCUGGGGUUCCACAGGAAUUGGUACUUGGACCCCAACAGUUCACAAGUAUAUUGAUGAUUUAGAUGAGGGAACCAAAUACAUCAUUUCAACAUUUGCUGAUUGCGCGACACCAAGUGAGAAUGUGAGUCAUAUUAAGAAUACAAAGGGGCUUCAAGGGAAUACAGACAAGCGAACUUAG